CUACACAAUACAAGUUAGGCCCUUACCUUUUGUCUUGACCUUUAGAAAGGCACACAGCUGACGGCCAAAACCCAAAAAUCUUCUUCUAUUCGUUUGCUCUCUUCUAAAACUAUGGCUCCCAAAAGCAAAUCUCGCUUAGUAGACCAGCCUCCUUCUGCUUCCUCUUCUGAAGAACAGGACCCGCAACAAGCAGAAGAAUCCCAAGAAGAAGAAGAAGCACAAUCCGAAGAGGAACAAGAAGAAGAAGAAUCUGGUGAAGAAGAAAGUGACGAAGAAGAGGAAGAAGAACCCAAAACAGCCCCUCCUCUUGAAAAAAAACCCACUUCCCAAAAACCCCUUCAAACCCCACAAAACAAACUUCAGUCUUCUUCUUCUGAGUCCGGAACUGAAGAUGGGUCAGGAUCCGAUUCCGAUUCGGAGUCGGGUCAAUCCCAACCUUCCCCUUCUGCUUCCGACUUCACCGUCAAGCCCAGUAUACCCGCAGCAAAAUCCCCAUCAAAACCCCUUUCAAAGAGGCCUCAAGAAACCCAACAACAGCAGGCCCAAAAAGAAAAACACUCAAGGCCCAAUAAAAAGCCCAAGAUUUCUGAAGAAGAUAGUAAGGUUUCUGAGGAGAAGAAAUCAGCUGCUACUACACCUAGCAGGCUAUGGAGUGACGAAGAUCAGCUUGCUAUACUCAAAGGUAUGGCUGAAUUCAAAGCCCAAAAAGGUUCCGAACCAAAUGCAACUGAUAUGUCUGCUUUUCAUGACUUUAUUAAAGGGAAAUUGCAAGUUGAAGUUUCAAAAAGUCAAGUUACUGAUAAGCUUAGAAGGUUAAAAAAGAAAUUUGUAACUAAUAUGAAAAUUGGUGAGGAACCAGUUUUCUCUAAGCCUCAUGAUUAUUUAAUGUUCGAGUUUUCUAAGAAGAUUUGGGGUGAUGCUGGAACUAGUAAUACUAAUGGAGUUAAUGAGAAUGUUAACAAUGGCACUAAUGGGAAAGCUAAAAAGACUGUUGAUGUUGUUAAGAAGAGUACUGCUGAACCUAAGAGAAGUGCUAAAAUUAGUACCUUUACUAAACCGAAGGAUGAUGAGAAGCCUAAGGAAGACGAGAAACGGGCUGCUGUGAAAGAGGUAGAUAAGGAGGAUGUUGUAGUAAAGGGUGAUGAUCGACAGGAUUUUCGGUCUAAGUAUCCAAAUUUAGCUGCAUCCUUUAGUUUGCCGGCCAUGUCUUCUAUCUUUCCGAAUGGUGUUGAUAUAUUUAAGGAGAAUAUGAGUUUGAUUGCUAGUGACAAGGCUAAGGUGUUGGAGGAAAAGUGGAAGAAACUGCACGAUGAUGAACAUGACUUAAUGCUCAAGCGCUUAGAUUUGAUUAGGGAGCAUUACAAAUUGGUGGUUGAUGCAAGGAGAGGUAACUAGAUGUUGAUGGAUUAUUUUGUUCUUUUUUAUGCAAACUUUUGGGUACCUAGCCUGUGGAGCUUUUUACGUUUGUUCUCGUCUCUCAAGACAAUUUCUUCUUCGUGUUAAUGAACUUAUGAUUGAUCCUGCAAGUUAGAUUUUCUUUUUCAGUUUAGUUCAUA